GGAGUGAAGGAUAUGAUUUAAUAUGACAAUGGUAUGUGAAGAUACAGUGCGAAUUCAGCAAGAGAAAACAAUUAUGGGACUCGUGUGUCCCAUAUAGUCCAGGUCUAAUACGAUGUCCAGGAACAACAUAGCGAAGCACAAAAAUACGUUCCUAGGAGGCCCGACAUACCUACCAAACCAAACCUCGUCGAUACAAAUAGACCAAGCGCAUAGUCGCCAUGAAGGGAUCGGAGUCAACGAUUGCAUCGGAGUCCUGAACAGAGAAGUUUUGCAUCAUCAGAGAAUCUAGGCCCAGAAUUUCAGGUGUUAGUCCGUCGACGAAUGGAGUGUCGGUUUUUUCCAAAGGUUCCACAGUCGAUAGGCUGCUUGGGUUUAUCGAACCACAAGUGGUAUCUUCACGUUCGAAUACAUUUUUGGGACCUCUAGGACCCGAUAAGAGCCAAACAACAUCACAGUUGGGAAGUGAACCUAAGCU